UCACCCGCCCGCGCCCCGGAACCACAACCCCGGCGGGAGGAGCUUCCUCCCGGCUUCCUCCUGCAGCUCCCCGCCCGUGGAAGCCAUGGAGGCGGUGGCGAUGGGGCGGCGGGAGGAGGACAAGGAGGGCCGGUGCCCGCAGGCAGGGAGGGAACCACCGCUGCCGGCGGAGAAGGCGAAAGAGGAGAACGAGUUGCACCUCGCCAAGCGGAGGAAAGUGCUGUGCUCCGAGUUUGCCGCCAUCACCAGCAGCGACGCGGCGGUGGCGCGCAGCUUCUUGGCCGACAACGACUGGCACUUGCAGAGGGCGCUGAACGCCUAUUUCGAGCCGCCGCUGGAGGAGGAAAAGGAGGAAGAUGUGGAUGUGGAGAAGGCGGCGGCGGGUGGGGUGCAGCCAGCCUGCCCCGGGCCCGGCAGCUGGAUUGACCUCACAGGAGUUGCGACUACUAGUAAUGCUGAUGUCAGUAGUGCAGACUUGAAGCAAAAAGAAGAUGACAGCAGCUUCUCACUGAUAACGUGGAACAUUGAUGGGCUGGAUGUAGGAAAUCUAAAAGAAAGAGCUAGAGGAAUCUGUUCUUACCUGGCAUUAUAUAGUCCAGAUGUUGUGUUUUUACAAGAGGUCAUCCAACCACAUCUCCGUCUUCUAGAGAUGAGAGCGAGCAGCUACACUGUUAUUCCAGGCAACAUAGAUGGCUAUUUCACUGUCAUAAUGUUGAAGAAAUCAAGAGUGAAGAUACUGAAAUAUGAGAUAAUACCUUUUCCAUCAACCUCUAUGAUGAGGAACCUUUUGGUUGUGCAUGUGAGUGAGUCAGUAUGUACUGAACAGCUGUGUUUCUCCCUUCAAAACAAAAAAUUCCAGAAAAGGCUGGACUGGCUUUGCUCUGUGGCAGUCUCAAACAGCAGAAAAGCUUCUCCAAACACAGGAACCCAUUUGAUGCAUUUGAUACUAACGAACUUAAAUAUUUAUGUGAGCAUAUCUGGUAAUGAACUUUGCCUCAUGACUUCUCAUCUGGAGAGCACUAAAGAUCAUUCUAAGGAGCGUAUGAAGCAGUUGAAAAUAGUGUUAAACAAAAUGCAGAAGGAGUCUGAGUCCACCACUGUUAUAUUUGGAGGUGAUACAAACCUCAGAGACAGUGAGGUUGCUAAACUGGGUAGCUUACCUAACAACAUCAUGGAUAUCUGGGAGUUUUUGGGUAAACCUCAACACUGCCGCUACACUUGGGACACCUACUCCAAUACCAACCUGAAUGCAGAGUACAAGUGCAAGUUGAGGUUUGAUCGCAUUUACUUUCGGCCUGCAGCAGACGGGGGACAUAUUAUUCCACGAAGUAUGGACUUAAUCGGACUGGAAAAACUAGACUGUGGCAGAUUCCCUAGUGAUCACUGGGGUCUUCUGUGUAAGUUUGAUGUGAUAUUAUAAAAAAAAAACCAAAACAACAAACCAGACAGUCUUGCAUUGUUAAUUUUUAGGUGACCUGUUCUUGUUUUUUACAAAAUUUUACCCUCUCAGUUUAAAUAGGACGUAUUUAAAUUUUCAACCCCAAUACAUUCUCUGCUCUUGACUCUUACUGGAAUGGCUCCAUUUCAAGCCAAGGAUCCCUUUACUUCAUAGUGUGCAUCUAUUCUGGAAUCAAAUUUUUGAAAAUUUACUUUUAGCAGUACACACAAAUACAAAACCAAAUUCUAGUCUUAAAACGGGAGGAAAAACCUGUAAAUACAAUUCAUAAACAUACUUGGUGAUUUAAAACUCACUUUUAUUUUGGCAUGUAUUAUAAUCUCAUAAUAAAUGCUGCUUUUUAUUUUAAGAAUACUUUUAUUAUGUCUGCUUUGUUUCUUUUGUAACUGUUUCUGGCACCCUGAGUACAGGAAAAACAUGGACCUGUUCGAGGGGGGCCAGAGUCAGCCACAAAAAUCAUCAGAGGGCUGGAACAGCUCUGCUGUGAGGACAGGCUGAGAGAGUUGGGGUUGUUCAGCCUGGAGAAGAGAAAGCUCUGGGGAGACCUUAUUGCAGCCUUUCAGUGCUUAAAAGGAGCCUGUAAGAAAGAUGGAGACAGACUUUGUAGCAGGACCUGUUGCGAUAGAGCAAGGGGCGAUUCAAGCUGGACAUGAGGAAGAAAUUUAUUACAAUGAGAGUGGUGAAACACUGGCCCAGGUUGCCCAGAGAGGUGGUAGGUGCCCUGUUCCUGGAGACAUUCCAGGCCAGGCUGGAUGGGUCUCUGAGCAACCUGGUCUAGUUGAAGAUGUCGCUGCUCAUUGCAGGGGGUUGGACUAGAUGACCUUUGAAGGUCCUUUACAACCCAAACUAUUCUGUGAGUCUGUGAUUUCCAUUAUCCUUUACAACUCUGUCUUUUGUAGGGUGUUUUGUAUUAGCUUUGGAAGUUUGUGUUGUAUAUAUGUACUUAUUCAGGCAAGGAGCUGAGGAAAGAAUGCUGAGGUCUUAGAGAAUAAGAGUUUCUUAAAUAGGAAUUAGACUUAUAUUGAACAGAUUUAAGAAUGAUAUGCCUUCUAUUGGACAAGAAAAUCAUAUAGGCAGAUACAUGGAAGUUGUUCAUGUGGGAAUGUAUAUACCUUACUUUGUGUUUAUUAACCUGGAUAUGAGUUGUAGAUUAAAAUGUGUUAUUUUUCUAGUGAGCUUCUAGAAACAAUGCUCUGGUAAACUGUUGUGCAAAGCCUGAACAGCUCAAGGUCUCACUGACUUUGCAAAAGAUUAAACAGACUCUCUUACUCAAA